GUCUCCGCGCCGCCGCCAUGGCCGAUGUGGAAGACGCCGAGGAGCCCUGCGCCCUGUCCUCUCACUCCGGGGGCGCGGGCUCCAAGUCGGGAGGCGACAAGAUGUUCUCUCUCAAGAAGUGGAACACAGUGGCCAUGUGGAGCUGGGACGUGGAGCGCGAUACGUGCGCCAUCUGCAGGGUCCAGGUGAUGGAUGCCUGUCUUAGAUGUCAAGCUGAAAACAAACAAGAGGAUUGUGUUGUGGUCUGGGGAGAAUGUAAUCAUUCCUUCCAUAACUGUUGCAUGUCCCUGUGGGUGAAACAGAACAAUCGCUGCCCUCUCUGCCAGCAAGACUGGGUGGUCCAAAGAAUCGGCAAAUGAGAGUGGUGAAAGGGCUUCUUAGUGCAUUUGUCCAGAGCCCCGGUGGAUCGCCUUAUCAAGUGCCCUACAACGACCAGGAUACUCCGGAGGACUAAGUCUUCCAAUAGGAGGAGAUGGAUCUUUGGUCCUUGAGGACUCAUCCAAGGCAUUGGGUUAGCAUUUUGUCAGUUUCAUUUUCAGAAAUUCUCUACAAUUAAGAAGAUAAUUUAUUAAAGAUGGUCUUUCCUAUCUCUGUGGUAUGUGUCACACUGCUUAGAAGUGCUAUAAAGGAGGAGAGAACUACAAAUUGAAUGACCUUUAUAAUUUACCUAUUGAUAUGUAAGGGGCUGUGGAAGCAGUUCCGUUGGAAGAGAACUUUUGCAUGCUUUAAGGUUGAUCAGUUAAAAAAAAAGACAAUGUUA